AUGGCCGAAUCAAACAUUCAUGAUCAAUUCGGCUGGACAAGCGUCCCUCGCAACCGGUCCAAUGUCCCUUCCGACGACAAGGUCACCGCGAACGCCGUCAAAGUCAAUUUUGAAGGUGUUUGGCCAAAGACGUCUGUCGUCAAUGAAGCACAGGCUUAUGCCAAAAUGCAUUUAUCAGAGCAGACUUACAACCAUAGCCUAAGAGUCUACUACUACGGUCACACAAUUGUCACCCAGAACUUCCCGCAAUGGAACAUUGGCUCCUUCAUGGAGACAUGGGCCUUGACUUGCCUAUUCCAUGACAUUGGCACAACUUCUGAAAAUAGAGCGGCCACCCACCUCUCCUUCGAGUUCCAAGGAGGUUUCAUUGCACUGAAGGAACUUCAAUCAUUCGGUGCCCCACUCCCCCAAGCGGAAAGCGUGUGCGAAGCCAUCAUCCGUCAUCAGGAUCCUGGAGAGACUGGCACAGUGUCGAGAAUGGUCCAAUUGAUCCAAAUAUCUACUGAAUUGGACAACAUGGGCUGGCAGCCACAUCUCGUGCAUCUUGAUGUCAUCGAGCAGAUUGUCAAGAGACAUCCCCGGAUGAAGUGGUCGUCGUGCUUCUCGUCGACCAUCGAGGAUGAAAUCAAUGCAAAGCCGUGGUGCCAUACCACAGCACUUGAUGGUUUUGCAGAGGCAGUAGCGACGAAUAAGCUCAUGGAACCUUACGACUAG